AUAGCAUAAACACCUUCCUUCGAACAUCCAUGCCUCCGAAAGGCGGGUACAAGAGGAAGGUCGCCGCAUCAGAUGGCGCGGCAACUCCCCAAGGCCCAACCAUUCAAGAACCCAGAAUACACGAAGAAUCACAACAGAAGAGCGAAGAACCUGAAAGCGGUGCUCACUCAAGAGCGAGAGAGGGAAAGAGUCGAACGGGAGAAGAAACGCGCGGAGAAGCAGGAUGGGACGGCUAUGGAUGUAGAUGGGGAUACGGGUGUGGAAGAGGAGAUUCCCACUUAUUUAUCUAUCGAGGCGCCGCCUUCCCUGCUACCCCAGAAGCAUUACUGUGAUAUCACCGGGCUGGAGGCACCAUACACUGACCCAGCGACAGGUCUUCGGUAUCACGACAAGAGUGUUUACGAGUUAAUCAAGGGAUUGAGCCCCAGCACUGCGAAAGACUACCUAUCGGCCCGAGGAGUUAAUUCUAUUGUAAAGUAACAACAUGAUGUU